AUGGUCCUCGACUGCCAUGCCUCGCCGAGCACCGCGUCCCCGUCCGAGGAGCACCAGCGUUUUCUCGACGACUAUGACCCUCUCGGCGACGACAGCGCCCUCGAGAACCAAAAAUCGGCCAGGCCCGAUAAGGUCACGCCGAUCCCCACUGGAAAGCUCGCGACGCUGUGCGCCGUAAGGCUCGUCGACCCCAUCACGUUCACCCAGAUAUUCCCCUAUGUGAACGAGAUGAUGGAGCAUAUCCAUGUCACCGACGACCACUCCAAGAUCGGCUUCUACAGCGGCAUAGUGGAAAGUAGCUUUGCCGUCGCCCAGGUCAUAUCAAUAUACCAGUGGGCACGGCUAUCAGAUGUGAUUGGUCGUCGGCCCAUCGUGCUCUUUGGGAUCUUCGGCAUCGGGCUAUCUACGAUGUUGUUCGGGAUCUCUACCACGCUAAGUGGCCUCAUUAUGGCACGCUGCCUUAGCGGCUUAUUCUCCGGCAACGUUGCUGUUAUUCACUCCGUACUGGGAGAAAUUACCGACUCCACCAACCAAGCCAUCGCCUUCCCUCUGUAUGGGCUUUGCUGGCCCCUCGGAGGAAUUAUCGGGCAAACCUCCUUUAGUCCGCUAAUGGGCGGGUUGCUGUCCAACCCAGCCACGAAGUUCCCGUGGUGGUUCGACACACCCUUCCACCACAAAUUUCCAUAUUUCCUGCCGUGCUUUGUGGCGGCCCUGAUUGCGUUCGCGGGGUGCAUAUACGGGUACUUUUACCUGGGCGAGACACAUCCUAACUUGCAACGAGACCGCAAAGAAGACAUCCAAAUGUCGGAACGUCGUGACGGCUCGUUUGAGAAACCUUCAGAACCGGCAUCUGUAUCCCAUCUGCUGUCCAUUCCCGUCGUCCGUGCUCUUUGCCUCAGUGGGGCUGCACUGUCAUUCAUUGCUACCGGGUUCGACGUCACAUUUGUAUUAUUCUGCUACACAUCCCUCCAGCAAGGAGGCCUCGCGUUCAACGCCACCCAGAUCGGCUACGCGCUCUCCAUCUCGGGCUGUAUCUCCAUCGCGCUCCAGCUACUGUGCAUGCCCGUCCUCCUGCGGCGCUUCGACCACGCGCGCACGUACAACUUCUGCAUGGGCCUCUGGCCCUUCUGCUUUGUGCUCCUCCCGGGGCUCAACAUCAUCGCGCGCUGGGGCGCACUCGACCUUGCCACGGGCGAGCUCGGCCCCACGACGAAAGCACUCGUCUGGCUCGGCAUUGGCGUUAUCCUGUGCAUCUCGCGGUGCGCCGCCCUCGCAUUCUCCGUGAGCAUGAUCCUCGUCAAAGACGCCGCCCCGAACGCAGCCUCUCUCGGCGUGACCAACGGCAUCGCGCAGUUCGCCAUGUGCUUCUCCCGCUCGUUUAGCCCCGCGUUCGCCAGCUCGAUCCUCGCGUUCUCAAUCGGGUACGAGUUCGUGCUGCUGCGGUACCUCUGGGUGCUCGUCAUGACCCUGAUUUGCUUCCUCGGCACCACGCUCUCGCGGCGCAUCGCGGAAGGACGCCGGCGCAGCCCCCGCCCAUUGGGCACGGGUGGCGCGUCGCUCGCCAUGGCGCAUUAA